AUGCCUGGCUCACCUAGUGUUGACACCCCCACUGAGCACAGUGACGUUGAUGCCACACUUGUUUGGCCGUGCCCAGUGUCUUGCGACGCUGUCGCCGUGCUCGCUCGUCCUCGCCCAGCCUCCAAGGGUGCCAACUAUGGCAUGCCCUCUCCUCUGUUAUUGGUGGUGGCUAAGGUGAACUCGCCAUCCCAUAGUGUCUUGCCCUCGACGCCAAUAUGGCCCCUGCCUCGCUUACGCCUACUGCACAUUUUGCCUCGUCGUCGCCCGCUGCCUCGCCAACGCCCACCAGGGACAUCACCUUGUCGACGCCCUCUUGAGCUCAUCCGCUGA